CAUCCAGAAUUUUUGCUUAAUCCCAAAAGCUUUCAAAAACAAUAAUCAUAUUUAUAUGGAAAAUACAUCACAGGCGUUCAUGUCUCAGAGUUACCCUAAUUCUCAAGAAACCGCUAUACAGGCAACAAAAGAUUACCUAGCUUCACUCCAUUCGACCAGAAAGCAACCUUCAAAGCCCUUGAAGAGACCUAUAUCAUCGCCUUUGAACCCCAUGCAUCCACACGUUUACAGAGUCGAGCCAGUAAACUUCAAAGAGUUGGUUCAGCGUCUGACUGGUGCUCCUGAGCACGAGCCUGUGGCUAACCCGUUCAAGAGUUUGGAUGAUGCAGCAAAGGAUAGUUCUUCAUCCUUCCCGUUUGAUCUAUCAUCUUCAUCAUGGGGAGAUUUAUCACUUCGGAAUCCUGCAAAUAUCUCCGGAUGGUAGCUUAUAUUUUUUUUCAAAAUAAAACAUUUUUUACUCUUGCAGAUGCUUCCUUUGAUUGAAAUGUAUCAACAAAGAAAAAACUAUACAAUAUUAAUAAAGAGGG